GGCAGUUUUGUCUAUAUAUAUACACACACACACAUCAUACCAAACCCAACAUACAAGAUCUCUCAUCCAUACUCUUUUUUCAACCUACACAAAAAUGGUGUUGUCAAAAGAUGAAAGCUUGAUUUAUGACAUCAAGAUCUCUACGGUUGGACCAGGGCGCGUAUCUGGUCAUGGUGUGGUUCAAGAGCUAACUGGCAUGGACUUGGCCAUGAAGCUUCACUACCUCAAAACCGUUUACUAUUUCAGAAGCCCAGCAUUCGAAGGGUUAACCAUCAUCAACAUUAAGGAAACCUUGUUCAAUUGGACAUGCCAUGCCUUUGUCCCUUGUGGUCGUUUAAGGAGGGCUGACUCAGGUAGACCUUAUAUCAAGUGCAAUGACUGUGGGGUUCGGUUGAUCGAGGCUCGAUGCAAAAUGAGCCUUGAUGAGUGGCUCGAGUCAAAAGAUGACUCACGACACAAGCUUCUUGUCACUAACCAAGUCCUUGGUCCCGACUUGCCUUUUUCUCCACUAGUUUUAAUGCAGUUAACCAAGUUUGCAUGUGGAGGGACAUCAGUUGGAAUAAGUUGGGCUCAUGUACUUGGAGAUGCUUUUUCUGCCGCUGGCUUUCUUAACCUAUGGGGCCAAGCCACUAGGCAACAAUUUCCCGCCAAACCACUUUCUAUGGCUCAUACAAACAAUGAGGGUCAUAACCCGAAAAUCCCAUUACAGGAUCUGCUUGCCAUAAAACGGGUCGGCCCACUUGGAGAUACGUGGGCCACUCCAAAUGACACAAAAAUUGAAACUUACUCUUUCUAUCUUUCUUGGCCUGAGUUAACCCGUUUGCAGUCAAAGAUAUGCGGAGAUAAAAACCAUCAACAGAUUCCACCCUUCGAGUCAAUUUGCACUGUGGUUUGGCAAUGUAUAGCCAAGGUUAAACACGGGUCCGAAGUGAACAUGGUGACAAUAUGCAAACGUGAAUCAAAAAUUCCAUUCGAAGGGAUUAUCACAAACAAAGCUCAAUCAAUUAAGGUGGUAAAAACAAAUGCUUCUGUGGAAGAAUCCAGUCUGAUGGAACUUGGGUUGCUUCUUAUGAAUCAAGGUGUGGAUGAGAGGAGGGAUAUCGAAGAAGCAAUGGAAUCUGAUGGUGGAUUCCCGGACUUUUUGAUAUAUGGAGCAAAUUUGACUUUUGUGGAUUUACAGGAUACCCCACUCUAUGAUUUAGAUAUAAGAGGAAAUACACCAGUUUAUGUAAGUUGUGCUAUUGAUAAUGUUGGAGAUGAAGGUGUUGUGUUGGUUUUUCCAACUCGAAAAGAUCAAACCGAUGGGUUAACAAUGAGCAUAGCGUUGCCUCAAAAUCACAUUCCUGAGCUUAAAUUGUUGCUUAAGAGAGAAUGGUCUCUCUCUUGAUUUAAAACACAUAUAUGUACUAUGUAUUCGGUCCUACUAGGCAUAAACCUCGGGCUAACUUGCGUUUUCCAUCAUUUGAAAUAAAUAAUUCUAUUAUAAAGUAUUAACAGACC